AUGCACCCCUUCGGGCCGCCCCCCGCGCCGCCGCUCGCCCGGGAGCUGCUGGAGGCCGCGGGAUGCUCCGCUCCCUUCCCGGCUCCCCGUCCCGCCCCGCAUCCCGCCGCCAGCCCGUCCCCGUGGCCGGGCGGCCCCUGCUCCCCGUGCCCGCCCGCCGGGGCGGUGCUGCCGCCGGGCCCCGCGGGCCGGGGGUGGCCGGUGAUGUCCCCGCUGUCCCCGCUGUCCCCGGCACGGCCGCCCUACUCGUACUCGGCGCUGAUCGCCAUGGCCCUGCACAGCGCGCCCGGCCGCCGCCGCACCCUCAGCCAGAUCUACCAGUUCGUGGCGGAGAAUUUCCCCUUCUACCGGCGCGGCAGGGCCGGCUGGCAGAACUCCAUCCGACACAACCUCUCCCUCAACGACUGCUUCAGGAAGGUGCCGCGGGACCAGGACGACCCCGGCAAAGGAAACUACUGGACCCUCGACCCCAACUGCGAGAAGAUGUUCGAUAACGGGAAUUUCAGGAGGAGGAGGCGGCGGCGGGCGGAGGGGGCCGGAGCGGCGGAGGCGGCCGGGGGCAGCGGC